GUGCAGCUGCUGCAGUUCCCUGCGCUCUUCCGAGGGUCCAGGCGGACAGAGCAGGAUCCCAUUCAGUCUCUCCACUGGGGCCCAAAUACAUGCUUCCUCCUCUGAGAUGCCCUCUUGGAUUUCUCAUGACCCUCCAUUCCCUGUCGAUGGGUCCAUCUCUCUGCCUCUCUGCUGGGCAGAUGCCACAAGCUCUCUGCUUUCUGGCUAGACGUUGGUGUGGGGGCUGCACAGAAGAGGCUUCCCCAAACCUCAGCCUCCCUCCUCGUGCCUGGCACAUUCAGCAACCACCACCACCUCCCCCCAGCAGUUCCGAUCACGCCAACAUCUGGAGAACCGGCCGCUGGUUUGUCUGCGGCUUGGAGUGGGGAUUUGCAUACCAAGUUCGCUCUGCCCAGCCUAGGACAAUGGGGAGGAAAAAAAUACAGAUCUCACGCAUUCUGGACCAAAGGAAUCGGCAGGUGACAUUUACCAAAAGGAAGUUUGGGCUGAUGAAGAAGGCCUAUGAGCUGAGCGUGCUCUGUGAUUGUGAGAUUGCGCUGAUCAUCUUCAACAGUGCCAACCGCCUCUUCCAGUACGCCAGCACGGACAUGGACCGUGUGCUCCUGAAGUACACGGAGUACAGUGAGCCCCACGAGAGCCGCACCAACACCGACAUCCUCGAGACACUGAAGCGGAGGGGUGUGGGCCUCGAUGGACCAGAGCUGGAGUCAGAUGAGGGACCUGAGGGGCCUGGAGAGAAGCUGCGGAGGCUGGCAGGUGAUGGGGGCGAUCCAGCCUUACCCCGGCCCCGGCUCUAUCCAGCAGCCCCUGCUAUGCCCAGCCCAGACAUGGUAUAUGGGGCCCUGCCCCCACCAGGCUGUGACUCCAGUGGGCUUGGGGAGGCCCUCCCUGCCCAGAGCCGCCCAUCCCCCUUCCGGCCAGCAGCCCCCAAAGCUGGGCCCCCAGGCCUGGCCCACCCUCUCUUCUCACCGAGCCACCUUGCUAGCAAGACACCACCACCCCUGUACCUGACAGCUGACGGUCGGAGGUCAGACCUGCCUGGUGGCCUGGGAGGGGGCCGAGGGGGACUGAGCACCUCGAGAGGCCUCUAUGGUAGCCUGCAGAGUCCAUGUUCUGCUGCAGCUCCAGGACCCCCACUCGGAAGCUUCCCCUUCCUCCCAGCAGGGCCCCCAGAAUAUGGCCUUGGAGACCCCCCUCCGCCCCCGGGAUUGCUGCAGCCCCCUACCCUGGCCCCCUGGCAGCCCUCGAGGGGCGAUGGGCCCCUAGCCGCCGCUGCCCAGCCCAGUGGGGGCCGCAGCCUGGGCGAGGAGGGUCCACCAGCUCGCGGUGCCUCCCCAACGACCCCCCAAGUCAGCAUCAAGUCUGAGCGUCUCUCACCGGCACCCGGGGGCCCCAGCGACUUUCCCAAGACCUUUCCCUACCCCUUGCUCCUGGCCCGGCCCCUGGCAGAGCCCCUACGGCCCGGGCCCCCGCUGCGCCGGCUACCGGCCGACGGCUGGCCGCGGUAGUGGACUUGGGGGUGGCACUGGCCCUGCCCCCUAUUCCAGGCUGGGCGAGGUCACGUAGGCUCGCCACCUCCCUCCCCAUGUCCUUAGAGAAGACCCAGUGGAUACGGCCCCCUUCACGGUGGGGGUCUGGAGAAGGAAGGUUGGGUUGGGAUCCAUGGACAUGGGGCUCGAUUUCCCCUUCCUGAGUGUGUACCCACCAAUAAAACAUGUAUGGCCUCCGU